UGGAACAAAGUUGAAAAUUUGAUAUUUAAAUAUUUGAAAAUUUGAAUAUUCGAGAUUCGAAGGUUUAAAAUUCGCAGCUUGAAAUCGGAAAAAUUUAACGGUUUCCACGCCUUCUGCGAUGUUAUGUGUGAUCAUCAGCGAGCGACUUGUCUCUAGUUUGUUUUCAUCAGGAUUUUUUCGACACGCACAAAAUGGCCGAGUCCUAACGCAAAGGAAGACGACCGAUCGAGUCUGUCGAGUUCAUGAAAAUUUAUUUCCUUCCUUUGCCUCUAUCCCCUUCGAUCGUUCGAUUCCUAUCACUGAAGCAUAUCGCACAGCGAGAAAAAUUGAUAAUGCAGAACUAUUUAGCGGCACGUUAUCGCCGAGUUCACAACAGAAUCAAAGAUGUUGGAAUAUCGGAUCUCGGAGGCAAAUUUUCCAAAGCCGUCAAAGAAAUCAGAAUAUUAUCGUUGUUGCACCGUUUUCCACAAUCACUGAGCAAAGUCUCCUUUGUCGGCGCAACAAUCGCGGCAUUUCCUGACAACCAUUACUGGCGAAAAUCUCGUCCGUUUAGGUUUUGGACAGUUUGUUUAAUCGUCUGUUUACCAGUGAUUUAUCAGUAUCAAGCAACGAAACCAGAGAAGCUAGAAAUCCUUAGACGAAACUUAGAGGCAUCGGUGGAGAGCGAUAGAACCGAAGAGGAAGGAGGAAAUAUUCCACGUGGGUAGAAAGUAAUUGGAAUGGAAAUAUUCUCGGAGACGAAUAGACUGGAAGAAGGAUAGACGAAUUAUUACGUUUAAUUGGAGCAAAGGACUUGAAGGAGACUCCAAAUUAGUUAGGAUAAUUUUGCAUAUCGAAAUACGUUAUUUAUAUUCGUAAUAGUAACUGAAAUUCGAAGAAAUAACAAGAAAUCAGGUUAG